AUGGUACGUCUGAGCCCACCGUACAACGAGCAAACCAACUCUGGACUUUAUCCGAACUUCCCUCAUCAUAUCAGAGACUUCACACUUGUUGGAGUCUCUCCUCAGAUCAUGGCCCUGCUGCUUGAAUGGAUCUACACCAGGCAUGUCCUUCUGAGCGGAGAGAAUGUCCAGGAUGUAGUUGUGGCUGCUGACAUGCUGCUGCUGGAAAACCUGGUUAAAAUCUGCUACUGUUACAUGGAGGACCACAUGUGUCCGGAGAACUGCAUUAGCAUCUGGAAGUUCUGCCAUGGUGUGCUUUCGCACAAAACAAAGGACUUGGCUUGGCGGUUUAUCAUGAGUCACUUUGAGGAGGUGGUGAACUGUAAUGAAUUCCAGCUCCUCACAGCACAGGAACUGAGCGGGUUCAUAGAAGAUGAUGAACUUGAUGUGAAAAAUGAGACAGUCGUGUACCAAGCCGUUCUGCACUGGACCAACCAUGACCUCCAGCAACGCAGAGUCGACUUUCCACGUGUACUGGCAAAGGUGCGUUUCGACCAGAUAUCUCUUGAAUUUCUAAACAACAACGUUCUCAGCAAUCCUCUGGUGAAGGAUCACCUCCACACACGUGAAGUGCAGGCCAUAUAUGCACUUUCCAACAGUGCGGGUUCCCAUAUCCGUCUGAUCCGCCCCCGACUUCCUGGGGCCAUCCUAUUGGCUAUUGGAGGCUGGAGUGGUGGCGAUCCAACCAAUGGCAUUGAGGCGUACGACUAUAAGGCUGGUCGCUGGGUUAAUGUCACAAACCACCAGGAGAGGGCCAGGGCUUACCACGGCUCUGUGUUCCUCAAUGGGUCGGUCUAUUGUGUGGGAGGAUUUGACCGGACGGAAUAUUUCAACAGCGUGCGUCGCCUGGACCUGGCCACCCGCACUUGGCACGAGAUGCCCCCCAUGUACCACCGCCGCUGCUAUGUGAGCGUGGCUGUGCUGAACGGAUGUAUCUAUGCUAUGGGCGGACACAACGGGCACAUACGACUGAGCACCGCUGAAGUCUUUGACCCUGAGACUAACCUGUGGUCCCCGAUCCGACCCAUGAACGAGCAGAGGAGUGAUGCCAACUGUGUCGCAGUUAAUGGCGAGAUCUACAUUUGUGGAGGUUUCAAUGACAUUGAGUGCCUCCAGACGGCUGAAUGCUACGACCCAAGAACCAAGCAGUGGUCUUUGAUUGCUCCUAUGACCACCAGGCGCAGUGGUGUCGCUGUCAUUGCCUACGGUGACUACAUCUAUGCAGUUGGAGAUUUUGAUGGGACUAUGCGCCUGAACAGCGUGGAGGCCUAUAGUCCGCGCACAAACUCCUGGCGUCCCGUGGCGUCCAUGUUGACCACUCGCAGUUACUGUGGCAUUGAGGUGCUGAACGGCCGCAUCUUUGCUGUGGGGGGUUUUAACGGCUUGAGCACCAUGUACUCUGUGGAGGCCUAUGACCCCCUGGUGGACAGCUGGAGCUUUGUCUGUGACAUGGACAUCUUCAGGAGCGGUCUCAACUGUUGUGUCAUCUCCGGUCUCCCCAACAUGACCGGCUACGCCAUUUCCCGCAACGCUCUGCCGCUGCUUGACAUCGAGAUGGACGAGUCGGACGAGGAAGCCAUCUAA